AUGAUGAAGUUCAAAUCGUUGUUCCGUAGAGGACAACAGGGCAAGCAGGAGCCCACGCUGAAGGGUGCUCCGUCCGUCUCGAGUCUCGACUCGAAGCACAAAGUUGCGCCGUCGAGAGACAAGACGUUAAAAAUAUUCGGCUCCAAAGAGAAGCUCCACAAGGCGCACAAGAAGAAAGACUUGGGGAACAACAAUGCUGUGUUAGAAGACCCAGAGUUGAGAGAGGUGCUAGAAUACGAAGAUGGGGAGGUGAGGGAGUACGGGAGCGCCGAGGAGCUGGGCUCGGUGGGCGAGCGCGGCUCCCAGGAGUGCGUGAGUUUGCCGGUGAUGCUGAACGCCGACCACAUGCCGGGCUUCCAGGAGGUUGAGCUUAGGCCUAGAAUACCAUCUGAGGCGUCCCUGGGCAGCGGCGUGCGGGAGACGGAGGUGCUGCGGCGGGAGCUGGAGGCCUGCAAUGCGGAGCGCGCGCAGCUGCAGGCGCGUCUGGACCAGCUGGAGCAGCGCGCCGCGGAGGCUGAUGCUCUGCGCGCAGAGCUGCACCGCCUCAAGGCGGCGGAGGCCGAGCGGGAGGCCGGCAUGGAGCGGCUGGCGGACGAGAACGGGGCGCUGCGGGCGCGGCUGCGCGGCGUGGCGCACUCGCCGCUGUCGGACAGCGAGAAGCGCCAGCUGCUGCUGGCGCCCGCGCCGCGCCGCAUGCACUCCUCGGCGCCCGCCUCCAUCGCGCUGGCGCACAACGGGGAGGGAGACAGCGGGGAGGCGAGCACGCCGGAAUGGGACAAGCACUCGUCGUCGUCGCUAAGCGAGGUGUCGGUGGCCUGCCUGCAGGACCGGAUCCUGCAGAUGGAGGAACACCACUACAGCACGAGCGAGGAGCUGCAGGCCACGCUGGCGGAGCUGGCCGACCUGCAGGCGCAGCUGGCCGACGCGCACGCGGACAACGAGCGCCUGGCGGACGAGAAGCAGGUGCUGCUGGAGUCGCUCUGUAGGCAGACGGAGAAGCUCGAGGACAGCCGCACAAAGGUGGACACGCUGCAGGAGCUGCUGCUGCGCGAAGGGGUGGAGCCCGAGGCGCUGGCGGCAGGAGACCAGCACCAGCACCUCUUCGCAGUGCUCAAGACGUCCCAGGAAGAACGUCGACUCUUGCUGGCUAAGCAGGAGCAACUCGAAACCGAGCUGAAGGAAAGUAAGACUGCGCUAGAAGAAAAAACCAAAGAAAACGAGGCACUCGUUGAACGAAUUCGGGGGUUGGAAGGUGCGGUGCAGCACUGGGAGCAGGAGGCAGGCGCGGCGCGCGAGCUGGCCGCCGCGCGCCAACACCAGCUCACCACGCUGGGAGACCUACUCGAUGCUGCAAAGGCCAAGGUACGUGAAUUACAGAGAAGCGUUAUGAAACAAUAUUGCAAAACCACUUAUAACUACCCACAUAACUAUCGAAUAAUAGCAGACUAUCAACUGCACAGAAUAUCUUGUCGGUUUUUGGUAGGGACAAGAGCUGAAUUAUCUCAAGGGUUAAGCGUUCACCAUAAAUUUUAUAGUGUGGGAGCAUCUUGGUUUUCAAUUUACACCUGCAGCAAUGAUGUUGUUAUUCAGAAUUGA